AUGUCUUUGUGUACAUCUAAUUUCAAUCCUUCAUCUUCUUCUAUCAAUCUCUUCUUCAACAACAACAAUAACUCACCUAAACCCUUCCUUCACUCUCUCGAAUUCGCCACCUCUGAUUCUUCUUCCUUCGUUGCUCCUCUCAAAUUCUCUACUACCAAUCACGUCUUUAGCUCUCGUUUCUCUUCGAACCGAUUCCAAAAACCCCAUUUUUUGCUCCGGUGCGUCUCCGAUAAAACUGAGCCGUCUAUUUCAGUCAUUCCCGGCGAUAACGGCGGCUCUGAAGAUAGAGUGAUAGUUCUUGUAAUCGGUGGAGGAGGGAGAGAACAUGCUCUUUGUCAUGCCUUGAAACGAUCUCCUUCUUGUGAUUCUGUUUUAUGCGCACCUGGAAACCCCGGUAUUACGAGUUCCGGAGAUGCUACUUGCAUACCUGACCUUGACAUAUCAGACAGUUUAGCUGUGAUCUCUUUCUGUCAAAAAUGGAAUAUCGGUUUAGUGGUUGUUGGUCCUGAAGGGCCUCUUGUUGCGGGUCUCGCCAAUGAACUGGUUAACGCCGGUAUCCUCACCUUUGGCCCUUCUUCUCAAGCUGCUGCUUUGGAAGGUUCCAAGAACUUUAUGAAGAAUCUUUGUCACAAGUACAAUAUCCCUACUGCUAAGUAUAAAACAUUUUUUGAUGCAUCUGCUGCGAAAGAAUACAUUCAAGAGCAAGGGGUACCGAUUGUGAUUAAAGCGGAUGGAUUAGCAGCUGGAAAAGGAGUCACUGUUGCAAUGGAACUAGAGGAGGCGUUUGAAGCUGUUGACUCGAUGUUAGUCAAAGGUGUGUUUGGUUCUGCAGGAUGUCAGGUGAUAGUGGAGGAGUUUCUGGAGGGAGAAGAAGCUUCCUUUUUCGCACUUGUGGAUGGAGAAAACGCCAUUCCUCUAGAAUCCGCUCAGGACCAUAAGCGGGUUGGAGAUGGAGAUACCGGUCCUAACACAGGCGGAAUGGGAGCUUAUUCUCCUGCACCGGUCUUGACCAAGGAGCUGCAGGAUGUGGUGAUGGACUCUAUAAUUCAUCCCACUGUUAAAGGAAUGGCGGAAGAAGGAUGUAAGUUUAUUGGUGUUCUGUUUGCGGGUCUCAUGAUCGAGAAGAAGUCAGGUUUGCCUAAGCUGAUUGAGUUCAAUGUCCGGUUUGGAGAUCCCGAAUGUCAAGUACUGAUGAUGCGGCUAGAGUCUGACCUAGCGAAAGUUUUGCUAGCGGCUUGUAAAGGCGAGUUAAGCGGUGUGUCGCUCGACUGGUCACAAGAUUCAGCCAUGGUGGUUGUAAUGGCAAGCAAAGGUUAUCCCGGUGCUUAUGAGAAAGGAUCUAUCAUCAAAAACCUUGAAGAAGCUGAAACGGUUGCUCCUGGAGUGAAGGUUUUUCAUGCGGGAACGGAUCUUGAUUCAGAGGGGAAUGUUGUAGCGAGUGGAGGACGUGUUCUUGGGGUCACCGCGAAAGGUAAAGACUUGGAAGAAGCGCAUGAAAGAGCGUAUUGGGCGGUCCAGCAAAUCAGUUGGCCUAGAGGUUUUUUUAGGCGUGAUAUUGGCUGGAGAGCGCUUCGCCAUAAACAAGUGGUGGUGACAACAAAAGAGUGA